ACCAUGGAGAUUGUAACCAAAACACGCUAAUACAAAUAACGUGUCUGCGCGUUAACUUUAGUGACAGCGCCUCUUUUGACGGCGGUUUUUAAUGUUUGAUAAAUUAAUAUAAGGUUAGCUGUUUUAUAGGUUGAUCGUGUGCUGAGAUGGACUCGCAGUAUGUGAGCAGGACUCUGGGGCUCUGUCUCUCUCAGGGUCUCGCGGAGCUGAUCGAGCACAGACCGCAGGAUCCCAUCGAGUCCCUGGCGCUCUGGAUCCUCAAAUACAAGCAGAACCUGGAGCUCCAGGAACAGAAAUCAUCUCAGGAGAGACAGUUAGAGGAGGAGCAGCGGCGUCUUCAUGCUGAAGCUGUGCAUCAGAAGCUCCUGCAGGACGAGGAGACACAGCUCCAGCACACACAACCAGCAGACGAGAGCAAGCUCAGUCCUCCAGAUCAGACAGAUGCUGCACAAGAUCCUGGAGAUCAGACAGAGUCCGAGACGGUGAAAGAGCUCGAAGAAGAUCAGGAGGACUCUGGCGAAGCUGUCGCAGGUGAGGAGCAACCCUCUGAGACCCCGAACACAGACCAAUCACAGUCUCAGGACACGCAGGUGAGAUCACGUGACAGGUGGAUCACAAUCAUCCCGUUUCCAUGAAGAUCUAAUGAAACUGUGUUCAGAAGGAACA